AAUUAAUCAAUUGAUUUUCAAUGUUUUGUGACCAAUAACUCCCAUUGACAGUGAAUUUUUUGGCUCUUCAAUACAUUCCAUUGAAUAAUACAUUUUUCUCACUAUUAUUGUUCUGAAAUCUACUUGAAAAGCGGAAACAAUGAAAAAAAAGGUAUUGUUGAUGGGAAAAAGUGGUUCGGGCAAAACUAGUAUGCGUUCGAUUAUAUUUGCUAAUUAUAUUGCUCGUGAUACAAGACGUUUAGGAGCGACAAUCGAUGUCGAACAUUCACAUGUUCGAUUUUUGGGUAAUCUAGUAUUGAAUCUUUGGGAUUGUGGCGGACAAGAGGCAUUCAUGGAAAAUUAUUUUGCAUCACAAAGGGAAAAUAUUUUCCGUAAUGUUGCCGUAUUGAUCUACGUGUUUGAUGUUGAAUCAAGAGAAUUGGAUAAAGAUAUACGUUAUUAUCAGAGCUGUCUCGAAGGCAUCAUGGAAUAUUCCAAUGAUAAGAAAAAUUUAACUAAAGUUUUCUGUCUUAUACAUAAAAUGGAUUUGAUAUCUGAAGAACAGCGUGAUUGCAUUUUCGAAGACCGGGAAAGCGAUCUAAAACGUUUAUCGAAACCAUUGGAAUGUACAUGUUUUCGUACAUCAAUCUGGGAUGAAACUCUUUAUAAAGCAUGGUCAAAUAUUGUUCAUUCGUUAAUACCUAACGUAGAUGAUUUGGAAAGACAUUUAAAUAAUUUUGCCGAUAUGAUUGAUGCGGAUGAAGUGCUAUUAUUUGAACGUGCAACGUUUCUUGUCAUUUGUUAUUCUGAACGCCGUAAACAUAAAGAUAUUCACCGUUUCGAAAAAGUAUCAAACAUUAUCAAGCAAUUCAAAUUGAGCUGUACGAAAUUGGCUGCUCAAUUUCAAAAUAUGGAAGUUCGUAAUUCACAAUUUGCUGCCUUCAUAGAAAGUUUUACUGCCAAUACAUAUGUCAUGGUCAUAUUGUCAGAUGCAUCGAUUCCUUCUGCAACCACAUUGUACAACAUUCGGAAUUCCCGUAAACAUUUCGAACAAUUAGAAUCGGUUAAAAAUCUAUCAUCACAAUCAAAUUCAUCUUUGUAUAGUUUGUGAUUUUCGUGAAGUUGUACCAAGUGUUUUUCAUUGAUUCAUCGAUUCUGAACAAACCUUAUAGCAGUAAUUCAAUUUUUGUAAAUUUU